AUGAGUUUGAGCCAACAACGCGCCGUCUUUUCUAAGGCGUUUGCGACAUGGGAAGAACACACACAGCUUCGGUUUGUUCGUCUUGAUAAUUCAAUGAAGGAUGCGAAUAUUGAUAUUAUAUUUGCUAGUAAAAAUCAUGACGAUGGUGAGCCUUUUGAUGGGAACGGUAACAUUUUAGCUCACGCAUUUUUCCCUAGAUAUGGCGGUGAUAUUCAUUUUGACGAAGAUGAAUAUUGGAGCGCUGACAAAUCAAAGGGAGUUGACUUGUAUGCUGUUGCUGUUCAUGAAAUUGGGCACGCCUUAGGCUUGAAACAUUCAUCCAAUUAUCUAGCCAUUAUGGCCCCUUUUUACAAGCAAUAUACUGGAGCGAAAUUGCAUUUGCAUUUUGACGAUAUAUUAGCUAUCAAACAAUUGUAUGGAAAGAAUGAUAUUGGUAAGAAGUUCGAAGUGAAUGAAAAACAGUGGAGAAAAGAAAUAUGCGAAAACCCUUAUUUGGAUGCGAUUACAAGGUUGAAAAAUGGAACAAUUCUUGCAUUUAGAAAAAAUGUAGUAUUUGAAAUGCUCCCAAGUGGAAAAGUUCAAAACCCUAAAAUUAUUCUCGAACUAUUUCCUUUUGAGGGACCUAUUGAUGCUGCAACAACUGACAAAAACGGGAAUAUUUAUGUAUUCAAGGGAAAUGAAUAUUGGGUGCUCAACAGACACGGAAAUUCAGUUCCUAAUUAUCCGAAGAAGAUUAGGGAUGGAUUGAAUUCGCUGCCGGAUACGCUUGGAGCCGCUUUAUAUAGGAACGAUGGAAAACCAUUUUUCUUCAAAAAAGGGUUCUUUUGGCGAUUUUCGCGCGACGACAUUCGCCAUUUUUGGCCACGCCGUAUUCGAUCAGCUUUCACAAAAGUUGAUUACCCAAGAGAGCUCGAUGCGGCGUUCCGAUUUGACAAAAAAUCAUCAUUUGUUUUCUGGAGAGAUAAAUACUGGGCUGUUGGUAGUGAAACAAUGGAGGUUUUCAAAGGAUACCCACGAUCACUUUCGCGCGAUUGGUUCGACUGCACAUAUUGA